AUGGCUAUCUGUAGCACCUUCUUUGCGCGCAUGAACAUUCGGAAGCACACCUGGCGACACCCGAAUGGCGAAUCGUGCACACAAAUCGAUCACGUUUUGGUGGAUGGUCGACACUUCUCGGACGUGAUGGACGUCCGAUCGUACAGAGGACCGAACAUCGACUCUGAUCACUUCCUGGUAGCGUGUAAAAUCCGAGCUAGGCUGUCGAACGUGCUGACCCCGCGGACUGCGAGGAUAGCGCGGUUGAACGUCCAGCGCCUCGCGAGCAGCGACGUUGCUGCAGAGUACAGUCGGAAGCUCGACGAGCGGAUCAACGAGGACGCGCCUACGGGUAACCUGGACGAGCAAUGGGGAGCCCUCCAGAGCAUCGUCAACACAACGGCUACCGAAGUGAUCGGCACGACCAGAGGACGCAAACCCAAAGGGUGGUUCGAUGCGGAGUGCCAGCGAGUGACGGACGAGAAGAACGAGGCCAGGAAGCGUAUGCUCGUUAAGGGUACGCGCCGAAACUGUGAGCGAUACAAACGGGAGUACGACGAAACGGUACUUGCCGAAGCGGAAGCACAGUACAACGCGAACGAUAAGCGGAGGUUUUACGCGACUGUCAACGGUGUAAGAAGGAAAACCACGCCUUCCCCUGUGAUGUGCAACGACACGGAAGGCAACCUGUUGACAGACAAGACUGCGGUGGCGGCUAGGUGGAUGGAGCACUUCCAGCAGCUGUUGAACGGUGAGGCACGAGAGGGAAUCGUCGAGGACAGGAUACACGUUGAGGAAGAUGGAAAAGCUGUGGACCCGCCUACGUUGGAGGAAGUAGCUAAGGCUGUUAAAGAGCUCAAGAACGGGAAAUCCGCGGGAAAGGACGGACUUCCGGCCGAACUUUUCAAGCACGGGAGUACGCGGAUGACCGAGAUUCUGCACCAAAUCAUCCUACGCAUUUGGUGCGAAGAACAGCUUCCGACCGACUGGUUAGAUGGGCUCGUCACCCCAAUCUACAAGAAAGGGCAAAGACUCGAUUGUGCCAACUAUCGAGGCAUCACAAUCCUCAACGCAGCGUACAAAGUACUCUCCCGCAUCCUGUGGAGCAAGCUGAGACCGAUGACCGAGACCUUUGUCGGCAAAUACCAGUGCGGUUUUCGAGCGGGUCGGUCAACGACGGAUCAGAUGUUCACUCUGCGACAAAUCCUCGACAAGUUCCGGGAGUACAACCUGCAAACACACCAUUUGUUCAUCGACUUCAAGGCGGCCAAUUAA